CAGUGGCGAUGGAAUUCGCGGGCAAGGCCAUAAUCGCGUUGUGGGCGCUGGUGAUUUGCGUGAUUUUCCCCUCGGCGGCGGCGGCUAGGGGCAUUGCGACAACCCAAGCUGCGAGUGGGGCUCUUUUGGAUCAAAUGGUGGCGUAUUUGCUCUUGUUUGGCGCCUUGAUGGUCACAUACCUCACCCAUCCUCUCCCCUUUAACAUCUUUUGAGGAGAUUUCCUCCAUUCUUUUGUGAAUCCAAUCGCAUUUUUACUCACCCAAGAACCCUAGAAGAGCAGAAACUUAGUUCUUAGGUCAAAUAUUUCGAGCCGCGAUGGCGAUGGCGCACGGCAUCGACUACCGCGAUAAGCUCAUCCUUGCUCCGAUGGUGCGCGUGGCAGGGAACGCUGCCGUUUCGGAUGCUCGCCGCUGGCUAUGGCGCCGAUCUCACUUACGGCGAGGAGAUAGUGGAUCACAAGAUGCUCAAAUGCUCUCGCGUCGUGAACGGUACGUGAGACUUCGUCCAUCGAUUUCGUGUGUCACGUCCUUGCUCGUGCCAGACGUGCUUGGCUCUAUCGAUUUUGUGGAGAAUGGAACGAACGAUGUCGUGUUUAGAACUUGCAAGGCGGAGAGAGAUCAUGUCGUGUUCCAGAUGGGAACUUCGGAUCCAUAUCGAGCUCUCACUGUCGCACAACUCUUGUGCAGGGACAUAGCAGCUGUGGAUAUAAACAUGGGAUGUCCAAAACCUUUCUCAGUGACUGGAGGAAUGGGAUCAGCAUUGCUCUCUCAACCGGAACUUGUCAGUGAGAUUCUAACAACACUGAGACGAAACUUGGACAUCCCAGUAACCUGUAAGAUUAGACUCUUAAAAUCCACCCAGGAGACUGUCGAGUUGGCCAGGAGGAUCGAGAAAACCGGAGUUUCGGCCAUUGCGGUGCAUGGAAGGAGAAUUCCCGAUAGACCAAAAGAUCGUGCCAAGUGGGAUGGAAUCGCGGAUGUGGUGUCUGCGCUGUCAAUUCCUGUCAUAGCUAAUGGGGAUGUUUUCGAGCCUCCGGACAUCCCAAGGAUAAAAGCUGCCACUGGUGCUUCAUCUGUUAUGGUGGCACGAGGAGCUUUGUGGAAUGCCUCCAUUUUCAGACCCGAGGGGAAGCUGGACUGGGAAGAAGUGAAGAGGGAAUACUUGAGACAGUGCAUCGUGUGGGAGAAUGAUAUCAAGUUCACAAAGUACACAGUAAACAACAUGAUCAUUCGCAAUUCCAGCCUCGAGUCUCCCGAAGGGAGAGCUGUGCACAAGUGUCAAAGUUUGCUUCACCUUGCCGAGGUCUACGGUCUCGAGGAUUUUCACCACAAUAUUUCCCAGGGGCGCUAUAACACAUUGUAAUUGCCUUCCUCACAGUUUGUUCCGGCGACUUGUACACAGAGCGGAAUUUUUCAGCGAAGGCAAAGAUCAAAAACUUUGUUCUUUUGGCCCGGUCCUACCCGGUCCAUACGGAAGCACUUUAGAAAAUCUUUAAAAUCCAGCCACUGAGCAUUCUUCCCUCUUGUCAGCAAUGCUGCACUACACUACGUGCUUUGAGCUGCAGCAAUGCAGAAACAGAACAGUCCAUUCGGCCCUCGAGGAUCUUAACAAACAGUGUCGGUGUGGUUGAAUGCUCUGGAGGGGCUCUGGCAGCGUACUCCACAUCUAGAAUCACUGUCCACCAGAGUGACGCGAUGUGAAGCACAGAGCAAAGGAAGGUUCUUACUAGUAAAACAUUGUGGCUCCUUUGCGGUUUCUCCAUUUUCAGAUUAGACAUCGCUGUAUGCGAGCUGUGUUUUGUAGGCACGGGGCGUGUGAAGAGAUUUUCGUUAUGUACGGAAAUAGCAGCAGUGAAAAUCUAAGGAGUUGAGUUUGAAACUUCAGCUAACUUGACAAGACAAAACAGCAACUUACGAGAUCAA